CCUAUGAAUGGUUUGGGAGGGGAAACAUUACUUGUUAAGUUUCCUUUUUUUCACCCAAAACACAACCAUAUGACACAUCGGUUCUCACAAGAUCUGGUGAGCUCAGGGAUAAGUUGAUACAUUUUGGUGUUUUAAAAUCAAUUUUUUUUAAGAUUGUUGCUAAGGAACAAGACCCUUCAAUGGCAUGUGAAGAGACCUGUAAUUAUUCAGGACAUUAUGAGGCCACCCUCUUCCCUAUUAUUUAUGGAAUAGUUUUCACUUUUGGACUUAUUGGUAACUUGGCAGCUAUUGGUGUUAUAGUCCAACAUGUGAAACGGGGCAAUGUGCUUGGGGUAUAUCUGGCCAAUCUCUGUGCGUCAGACCUCAUGUAUGUUUUUACACUACCUGUAUGGAUAGCCUACACGGCCAAGGAGGACUGGCUCUUUGGGGCUUUGUCAUGCAAAAUUGUUGGAUUCUUCUUUAAUGCCAACCUCUACACAACCAUAGUCUUCCUCAGCUGUAUAGCUGCAGAUCGUUUUUUUGCCACGGUCUUUCCUUUUCGAGCAGCAGUCUUACGAACAAUGAAAGCUGCCAUGAUGAUUUGUGCUGUUGUUUGGCUCAUCAUCCUUGGCACUCACUCAGUCUUCCUUGGCCGUGAUGAACUCUUCAACUCAAGCCAAAAUGUGAAACUUUGCUAUGAGAAGUACCCGAUGGACCCUUGGAUGGCUAGAGUCAACUACUUCCGUAUCUUUGUGGUCUUUCUUAUUCCCUUAGUGCUUCUUGUAUUCUCCUACUGCUCCAUUGUUCGAGUUAUCCAUCGGAGUCCAGGCCUGGAGAAGGAGCAGAAGCACAAGAUAAUUGGACUUUUGAUGACCAUGACUGCAAUAUUUAUUAUUUGCUACCUCCCCUAUCAUGUGGUGCUUUUUAUCCGUUCUUAUAUCAGUGAACAGAAUAAGUGUACUUGUUUACUUGAGAACAAAAUCCGACCAGCCUACCGUAUUUCCUUCUCCUUGACCAGUCUCAGCAGUGCCUUGGACCCUUUCAUCAACAUAUUUGUAAGUGACAGCAUCAAACAGGAUUUGCUAAAGGAGGUGAGGGCUUUGUGGGCUGGUUUUAGGAUCAUGCGUCACCCAAGAGCUUCAUUUAGGAGGAUGUCAAAGAAAAGCUAUCACACUGUCACUCAACAACUUGAAAAAGACCAACUGUUGGUAGACCAGAAGAAGGAAGAAACUGCCCUCUAAAUACAAAACCCUCAAACGAUGCUAGAUCCUUAAUAAAACUUUUGAAUUUGGAUGUUAAAGCUAUUUUUAGACUUUUUAUAGAUGCACCGUGAGCUUGUCAGACAUUGCUGUGACUUUAUUCUAGAUAAUGUUAAAAGAACACCAUGAGUGAAGGAAGAAUUCUAUAAAACACAAAACAGACUGUUUAAUGUUUUUCUCUUUUUAUUUUCUACAAAGAUAUAAAGCCAUGAAGAGACUUUGAUUGUAGACCUCUGUGUAGUUUUUUUUUAUUUUUAUAUAUAUAUAUAUAUGUAUUUUUAACCCAAAAUUAACAAGAUCUCUGGACAGAAUACAUGUUUACAUAGGCUCUUGUCCUAAAAUCUGCAUAUUCUUUACAAUAAAAUACAACUUUUUUAUUUUUGAAUGAAACUCUAGAAGAUCAUUUACUUUAGUGGUAAGAUAAUUCAAUGGGAGAGGACAUAACCUACUCAUGCAAAGAAACCAAUUUCUGUUUUUCAUUUCCUACGUCAUGCAGGCCCUUAAAAUUUUCCUUUCCAGGUCAUUGAUUCACUCUCAUCUAAUUUGAAGGAGGUGUUGUGGAAAGCAUCUGUAUUGGUUAUUUAUUUUUAUUUCUCAGGGGGUUGGAUAGCUAGAAAAACAGGUAUUGAAAUAAGAAUAGUCUUGGUUAGAUUAGCCAAAUUACCAUGAAAUUGGUCCAAAGAUUUGUGUUAUGGUAGGGCUGCCCAACGCCAAAGACCUUUUUGUAAAUGGGUCCAGUCUUGACCAAAUAAAGGCCAAUUAGAUAAUUAUUUGAAUGAACUAUAAUUUGUUCACUAAGGGACUCCUGAUAAGGCCUGUCUAGUACCAGAUUUUUUUUUAUUUUUAUGGAGUUUGAGAAAUAAGGAAUAUUGUAACUGGCACCUAUUUUUGGUUCAGAUGGCUUCACUGUCUAUAGACAGGCUCUUGUGAAAUGUGGUUAACCACUUCCCUAAUCAACAGAAGUAUAUAAAAAAAAAAAAGCUUGUGCUAAUCUUGAUAUUUAACGCUAUUUGAGGAAGUUUAACAGCUGAUGAAGAGAUGCAUGCAAUGGCAUCUGGCGCAUGUUAUUUUAUUAUGUUCAGAAGUUAAACCAGUUUGUAGGCUAAUGCAGAAUAGACAACUCUAUUUUUCAAGCGCAAACAACAUUAAAAAAGGCCUCCCUGAGCACAGAAGACUCUCUAAAAAAACAAAACAAAUGAACCCCCCUCUUGGAGCUGUACGGAUCAGUUAAAAAAAUCUAUUCAGUUUUUCCCACAAAUUAACUCAUUUAAAGGGACAUGAAACCCAAUUUUUUUUUGUUCAUGAUUUAGAAAGGGCAUGCAAUUUUAAACAAAUUUCCAAUUUAAUUAUCUGUUUUGCUUCAGUCUCUUGGUAUGCUUUGUUGAAAAGCAUAGCUAAAUAGGCUCAGUAGCUGAUGAUUGGUGGCUCCACAUAGAUGCCUGGUUUGAUUGGCUCACCCAUGUGUAUUGCUUUUUCUUCACCAAAGGAUAUCUAAAGAAGUACAUUGCGAUGGAAAUGGAAAGAAAAAUGUUGGGUUUCAUGUCCCUUUAAUACUAUGGACCUAAAACUCUUUGGUCUAGUGAGAUUAGCGAAGAAGUCUUGUCAGUGUGCCGUAGGGCCCUCCAAAGAAUUUUAGAAAGAGACAAAUUUUAGCUUGAAAGCUGUUUAUCUAAGUAAGCACAGUUCUGGAUGUGAAUAAGAGAUAUAUACAUUACAAUAUAAUGCUCAAAAAAUGACCCCAAAGAUUUAGCGUGCUUUCUCUCUUCUUGAUCAUCAGGAUCUAAGACUCUUCUUAUGCCCACAUGCAAAAUGUUUUAUGCAUGCAUUUGUUUUUGUUUUUUUCUUUUCCCCCCUGCAACAAUGUGAACACUGAGCCUGCAGUGUUUUAUAAUGUAACUAUUGUCUUAAAAUCCAAACUCUAGUAGUGCAAAAAAGUCACUUUUUUUAUUCCAUGAUGCAUUGCACAGUUGGAAUCUUUAGUAAAGAAGAGUAUUUUUUUUUAAAAUUUAUUUAAAGGGACAGACUCCUAUAUGUAUAGGCCGUUAGUUCAUUAAGGUUUAAUUUUGAGUUUGGGGGAAACCAACUUUACAGCACUAAAAUGUUGGGUUUCAUGUCCCUUUAAUACUACGGACCUAAAACUCUCUGGUCUGGUGAGAUUAACGAAGAAGUCUCGUCAGUGCGCUGUAGGGCCCUCAAAGAAUUUUAAAGAGAGACAAUUUUUAGCUUGAAAGCUGUUAAAGUUUUAUAUAUAACAUAAUAUAUAUAUACGGUAUGUAUACAGGGCUCAAAGUUUCCACUCUUUACUAGCCAUUGGCGGGUGGAAAUAUAAUGGUGGCGAGUAAAAGUUAAUGAGUAAAAAAAUACACUCCUAUUGCAGCAUAAGCAAACACAUAUUUUGGGCUAUGUGCUAAAUAUAUUAUCUGAUGGGAUAUUAUAUAUCCUAGAAAGGGGUAAGGAUAUGUUAUUCCUCUAGGGCUGUAGGAACACCAUUAGUGCUUAGAUUGUUACUUAAGAGAGGGUAAACGGGGGCAGAGAGAGAGAAUGGAGACGAAAAUUGGAGAAGAAGAUAGCUUUACGAGAGAGUGGAGAAAAAAAAGAGAGUAAAGAGAUAUGAGAGAGGGGGAAUAAAGAGUGUAAUGAGAAUAUAUGGCCUGAGAGAUAAGGGAGAGUAGGGAGGGGGAAAGAUAGUUAAGAGAUAGAAGGGAGAGAUGAUCAUUAUUAAAAGAAAAUCUCCAGGUCUGCUGUGACCUUCCAUGAUUGUCAGCACUCUCUUUCUUCACUCUGUCACUUCAACAACUUCCUAUUUCUAUCCAGCUGUUCUCUUACCCAGAACCACCAACUUGAUAUUACUAACGGCUAUGCACUUAUUUUAUGUUAAUCUAUUACUGUAUGUAGCAUUAUUUAAUUUGUUAAGGUAUAAAAUAAAAUAAAUAUUAAAAAUGA